AAAAGGGUAUUAUGUCAAAGUUAUUAGAUCAUUACACGUCAAUAAUAAAAUGAAAAUAAAAUCAAACAAAUUUUAUACAAAAAAAAUUUUGAAAAUGAAGAAAAUCGAAAUCAUAUUACGCAGUGAAUAUAUCAGAAUCUAAUGAAGGUAACUCGACAGUUAUUAAGGAUAAAUCCUACGAAACCUUUAAGCACGCGGAACUUUUCACUCGUCAACUUAUCGAAAAAGCUUUAAAAUAUGUUUUACCCAUGGCUAUGAGACUUAAUUCCGAAAUUAAAAUAAAUAAAAAAUGUUCAACGAGUUUAAUGAAAGUGUUUUUUGGAUUACGUCGAUUGAAAAAUUGGGCUCUUAAAAUGAUGGAUGCUAUGGGUAAACCCCCUUCAGGUAUCCUAGAUGGAACCAUGACGACUUUUGGAGCGUAUGAUGAAUGUUUAAGGAUUAGCGCUUUGGAAGAUCGACCAGAUAAGUCAAAAAUAUUAUUUAAAGGACAGUAUUGUGUAAUCGAAGGAAGACCCAAAAUGCCUCCGAAACCUCAUGAAAGACAAUUAACUCGUCAAUUAAUUGAUGUUAAGAACAUAAAUUCUUCAAAUUUAUUUAAUUCGAUGCUGAAAUAUAGUUUCGUCUUUCAUUUCAUGAAACUAAGAUAUGGUAUUUGUAUUCCAUCAACCUGUUCUAAACUUGAUUUACAAAAUAUUAUACAUGGAGUUUUACGUAUAUACAAAUUAAAUUUCGAUGUAUCAGUGCCAAGAUGUGAAACUGAAGUCAACUUUGAUUUGAGCAUUUUACAAAUAGUUAUCUUAUGUUGUAUCAGUGCUAUAGUUAUGCUAAUAAUAUGUGGAACACUGUUGGAUUUAAUUCAUCAUAGUAAUAACUCGAAAAUCCGUAUAUUAGCUCAUAUUCGUUUCGUCUUUUGUUCAUUUUCGCUUCGAUUAAAUGGCAGUAAAUUAAUCAGUACAAAAACAGCAACAGAAAAUCUCAAAGCUCUUCAUGGAAUCAGGGUAUUAACUCUUUCGUGGUUAAUACUUGGUAGCAGCUUUGCAUUUUUUAAUCCUCAACACUAUAAAGGUUUGCGUUUAAUUCGCGAUACAGUCAAAGACGUAAGUUUUCAAACUGUAUUAAAUGCAUGGAUAUCAAUCGAUUCUUUCUUUUUUAUGAGUGGCCUUUUGCUUAUGUAUAUUACAUACAAAGGAGUAGAAGAAAAAAAUGGAAAAAUAUGCAUAACUUACUUUUUAUUUAGUCGUUUUAUUAGGUUAAUCCCCGUUUUGAUAGCUGUAAUUUGUUCUCUUUUACUACUUCCAAUUGUUGGAUCUGGUCCGGUUUGGGAAGAAUUUGUUGGAUCCAGGGUCGAGCAAUGCCAAGAAAAUUGGUGGGCUACGUUAUUAUUCAUCAACAACUGGAUAUCCUAUGAUAACAUGUGUCUUCAAGUAUCUUGGUAUACUUCGGUAGAUGUUCAAUUGCAUAUUUUAUCAUUAAUAAUUCUUAUACCAUUUUUCAAGAAACGGAAAAUUGGUAUAGCAAUAGGAGUAUUCUUAAUUAUAGUUUGUUCAUUAACCAUUGUUAUCUAUAUGAUACUUACAGAUAUGUUUCCAUCGACCAUUUUACCUGAUAAAGAUUUACAGCAUCGCAUAGCUGAUUUAUACAUGAAACCAUACACUCACGUGGGACCAUUUUGUAUCGGAUUAUUUACUGGAUACUUCAUCUUAAGAUAUUCUGAAACUAAAAUUAAAAAGAUUAUUCAAGUUGUCAUGUGGUGUGGAGCUUUGAUGUGCAAUCUAUUAGUAAUAUAUCUUCCACAUAGAGUAUAUUCAGGCUACGUAUCUAGUCCUUUUGGAACUGCACAAUUUACAGCCAUCACUAGAUUAUGUUGGGCCAUUGGACUUUCAUGGAUUUGUUACGCUUGCAUCACCGGGAAAGCUGGAUUCGCCAAUAAGAUAUUUUCAUUUAAAUUAUUUAUCCCUUUGAGUCGAUUAACUUACUGUGCUUUUCUUCUUCAUGAAAUUGUUCUGGCUUUAAGAUAUGGACUGUUGAGGCAGACAUUGGUAUUUAGCAAUUAUAACAUGGUUUACGAAUUCCUAAGUACGUUUUUUGUGGUGAUGGUUCUAUCAGUUUUCCUCCACUUAGGAGUGGAGGCACCUCUUACGCGUAUAAAAUAUUAUAUUUUUCCCGAUUGGUACUAUUUUACAAGGAACAAGUGUACAAUAAAAAGACAUCAAACUGAAGAAGUCCAACUGGAUCAGCUCGCUGCUGCUAAAGACGAGGCAUAAGGGAACUCAACUGAUGUUCCAUUUCUGAAUUUUGAUCUCCUUAUCCAAAUGUUAAAAUAUGUUUCAUUUUAUUUAUGCUAUUUUAAUAUUUUAUUUAUCUUAAAUUUUGUCAGAUGACAGUAACAGGCCAGUAUAUAAUGUUACCACACGCUCAUAUAGUAUUAUAUUAGAACUAAUAUUUGUAGUGUGAUUUUUUUUAAAACUCUUUUCCAUUUUAUGUCAUGUAUAAAUUUAUGAUGUAUGUAAAUUCAACGUCAUAUUUACUAUUUCAGAAUACGUUUAUAGUGUUUUGUUAAAUCUCAUAAAUUCAUUGCAAUUAACAAAUAUUUUUAUGAGCUAAUAUUUAUCAAUUGUAAUUAUGAUUUUAUGAAAUUUUCAUAAAAUAA